UGGUUGUCAGUAAAACACUGGUUGACUUUUAGACUGCAAAGUCUGCAAUGGAGGAAUUUGAAUCAAUUGUUAGCAAAACAAAACAAAGGAAACCCAUCUUUUUAAACAAAACAAAAGUUAUGCUUUACAGUGCCAUUGAUUACAAAUUGACAAAGAUUUAAGCAAGCAAGUAAAGAGAUUCUCAUAGUAAUUAUUAUGUGGAGGCUGACGGGGAGAGAGUUUAGGACUUGUCUUGCUGUGUUGAUUCUAGUAACAGUCCUUUUGUCAAAGAUUUUCGGUAAUGAGGAAGGCGAUGCUCUGUAUAUCUUUCGGAACAAUCUACAAGAUCCUAACAAUGUCAUGGACAAUUGGAAUCGUACAGACAAAAACCCCUGCAAGUGGAAUCAUGUUACAUGCAACAGCUUGGAUAGUGUUGUAAGACUUGAUAUGGGAAAUGCAUUAUUAUCUGGUCAACUGGUUCCACAGCUUGCACUGCUUACAAAUUUGCAGUAUUUGGAACUUUAUGCUAACAACUUAAGUGGACAUAUUCCUGUUUAUCUUGAGAACCUGACGAACUUGGUGAGCUUGGAGCUUUACACCAACAAUUUCGAUGGUCCCAUUCCAGACGCAUUGGGAAAGCUGUUCAAACUACGAUUCCUCCGACUCAACAGCAACAACCUGUCAGGUUCAAUACCUAUGUCACUUACUAACCUCUACUCCUUGCAAGUCUUGGAUCUAUCCAGUAACCGCCUAUCAGGACCUGUUCCACAAAAUGGCUCAUUUUCAUUGUUUACUGCCAUCAGUUAUGCAAAUAACUUGGAUCUAUGCGGGCCAAUAAUUGAGAAGCCUUGCCCUGGAUCAUCCCCGCCUGCAGUUUCUAGUCCAGAUGGAGACAGUAAGCCCAAUAUUGGAGCAAUAGUUGGAGGGGUGGUUGCUGUGUGGUGUCACUAUUUGCUGCUCUGGUAAUUUGGUUUGCAUGCUGGCGGAGACACAGGAAACCACAAAAGGAUUCCUUUGAUGAACCUGGUUUACAGUCCACCUAGAAAGCUGAUCAAUUCAUUGGCGGAAAUUCAUAUGAUUGGGUUGAGAGCAAAGAACCCCACAUUUGAGAACUAAAAGGCAAGAAUUGCUUUUUAUUUAUUUACGGUAGGAGACAGGCCAUGAAAGCCAUAUUUGCUUGUGCAUGUACUUUACUUGUCAGACAAUUUGCAGGGACAAAAUGUCUUGUGAUGGUGAAACAGAUCGGCAGUGAUAAUUUAUUGGUCCAAAGGGAUUUUAAACUUGUUUUAGCUUUGUAAACUAGAUAAGGUGAAGAACGCACCAGACUUGUGGAUUUUUAAGUAUACUCGGUGGAUUCCUUUGGAUUGGUCUCUUUUGUGUGCAUUGGAGCUGGGUUGGGAACGCUAAAAUGUCUAUUAUUAUUUUGCUUUUAUUAAUUCUCGACCCCCUGUUGCUUUA